AUGACUUUCAUUGUCGUGUUGCGCGGAGCCAGGGAGCAUAAUCUUGCCAUAUUUGGGGCUUGCUUGUUGCCUGCUUGUGCUCCGCCGCGUCGCCUCGGCUUUGGCUUCGGCUUCGGCUUCGGCAGGUUUCGUUUUGGUAAUGGUGAGGCUAAUGAGGCUAAUGGCGGGUGUGCCCUCAUUUGCUUCAUCCAAAGUACACGGCAGCGCCGACCCUCGUCCACGGGCGUCGCCCCAGCAGGCGUCUGUGAUGACCAUGGCAAGCUCUGGCAGCGGUGCCGGGGACGCUGGCGGGGGCAGGAAGGGAGGCUCCCGCGCCCCCCAGCCCCCCGAGGAGGAGCCCCUCCAGCCCCCCGCCGCCGCCACCGCCGCCGCCGCCACCACCGCCGCCGCCACCGCCGCCGCCGCCGCCGCUACGACCGCCUCGCCCGCCGUCUCCUGCGCGGGCAACGUGUCGGGUCUCCCGCGCGCCAACGACAACUACGAGGAAGUCAGCAUCAUCGGCAACGGUCAUACGGCACGGUGUACUGCGCGCGCGACCGGAACAACCCGGACCGCGUGGUGGCCCUCAAGAAGAUUCGAAUCACCCUCAACGAAGACGGGGUCCCCGGGAACGCCGUCAGGGAGAUCGCCCUCCUCAAGCAGCUCGAGCGGUUCGAACACCCCAAUAUUGUCAGGUAA